AGAAGAAGAACACGUGACGUCACUCCAGGGGCGCCAAACCUGCAAUAGACAGAAACACAACACGGAGUAGUGAAGAGUGCUGUCACCGUCUACUUCGGCUGCUGUUAUGGACCUCAGCCCCUUUGAAACGGACAACUCGGUCAGCUGCAGACUGGCCUCUGAGAUCCCGGAUGUCUGCCGGACUGAGGACUGCUGUUUGGGCAUCGACGAGGCAGGCAGGGGGCCUGUGCUGGGGCCCAUGGUGUAUGGAAUAUGUUUCUGUCCAGUUUCCAAAAAGCAGGAGCUGAAGGACUCAAAAGUGGCAGAUUCAAAGACUCUAACGGAGGCAGAAAGAGAGAAUCUUUUCCAAAAGCUGGAUGAAGCCAGAAGCUAUGUGGGCUGGGCUCUGCAGGUUCUCUCACCAAACACCAUCUCCACCAGCAUGUUACAGAGGACAAAAUACAACCUGAACGCCCUUUCACAUGACACAGCUAUUGGUCUGGUCCAGUAUGCCUUGGACAGUGGAGUGCAGCUCAAAGAGGUGUUUGUGGACACAGUCGGCCCAGCGGAGAAGUACGAGGACAAACUCUCGAAGCUCUUCCCAGGUAUCGAUGUGACGGUGAGGCCAAAGGCCGACUCCCUCUUCCCCAUCGUCAGUGCCGCCAGUAUCUGUGCGAAGGUGGCCAGGGAUCGUAUUGUGAAGGGCUGGAACUUCGCUGAGGACCUGGGAGAUGUGGAUACAGACUACGGUUCCGGAUACCCCAAUGACCCCAAGACUAAAGCGUGGUUGCUGAAGUACCUGGACCCCGUGUUCGGUUACCCUCAGUUUGUUCGAUUUAGCUGGAGCACUGCUCAAACCCUGAUGGACAGCAAGGGUGUGACGGUCCACUGGGAUGACGAGGACGAGGACGGGGAGAAGGCGGCCCAGCGGCAGAACAACAAGUCCAUGUUGGCCUACUUCAGUGCAUCGGCUGGAGGGAAUGACCAAAACCCGACACACCAGACCCACCGCUUCUUCACAGAGCGCAGGCUGAAGAGCCUCGACACACUGUGACGACAACACAGUAGAGGACAUGUGUACACACGGACCGGAAAUCAUAAGCUCUUUGUGAAGUUUCGCUACAGACGUGGACUUUGAUGAAACAUUAGACAUUUUGAGUUUGUAUCACCAAUGCAGAUGUACACAAAGAUCUUUAUUUGUCCUGUUUGUACCGUUUUUUGUUUUUUUUUAACUUUAUAAAACUCAUGUUUUGCUUUUGUAAGAGCCAUUGUUUUAAAGUUCUACACAAUACAAGAAAGAAAAAGGCAUUGUUAUGGAAUGUGUUGCAAUCUUCAACGCUAACACUGCCCUCUGGUGGCGAUAUGACAAAAUACACCAGGAUUUGAAAAGACAAACAAAUACAAAAGUAUCAAAGAUAUGAAAACCACUCGGCACAGCUUGUUCCACUAACACUGAGAUCAUAGGCCCCGAGUACUGCAUAAAGACCAUAGCGUAUAAUGUAUGUGUUAUCCUGUUUAUCAUAUGGUUCCUGAGUUUUGGUGCAUAAAACAAGGAAUACAAACAUG